AAGUUAACUUCAAAGCAUGCAAGCUUUGAUCUUUCUUUCAUGAGACCCAACACAAAAAAGAAGGGAAAAAAAGGGAGGGGUUCUGUGGGGGAGGCUCUGUUUCCUCUCUCUCUCUCUCUCUCUCUCUCUCUCUCUCUCUCUGUGCUUUUUGAUCAAUUAAUGAGAUCACCCAUCUAUACAGCUACACAGCACAAACUCUCUCUCUGGCUCUCUCUCUCUCUCUCUCGCACUCUCACACUGUGUUCCGUGAAACAACUGUUCUUGAUUUCCAGGGCUCCCAAAAGCUCAUAGUCCCAAUGGCUUGUCUUUGACCAAGAUUUGAAGAAAAGGGUUGCCCACAGUUUUCAAUAUAAAAAGCUGGUGGAAAGCUCGUAGCUUUGACUAAAUCUGCAGCUGCUAAAGUAUUCCGUUUUGGCACAAAAAGGAGACUUUGUUCUUGUUAAGUCUAGGAUCGGAUCUAGGACUGUAUGUUAUACGCCUCUGCAGAAUCUAACAAUGGGGGGUUGUGUAUCAACUAGUGGCAAGAGUACAUGCAGUAACAGGAGCAAUGGGGAGCCAUUGCCUCCACCAUGUCUUGGCAUCGGUUUUUGCAGAAGAAGACGCACCAAGAGAACGUUUUCAGACCACAUCGUUUCACUUCAGAACUUGGCUUCCAUCCCGAAUCGGAUCUUCACCAGUGGGAAGAGCAGGACUUCUUGCAUUUUCACUCAGCAGGGGCGGAAGGGGAUAAAUCAGGAUGCCAUGAUUGUGUGGGAGGAUUUUAUGUCUGAAGAUGUGACAUUCUGCGGCGUGUUUGAUGGUCAUGGCCCUUAUGGUCAUCUUGUUGCCCGUAAAGUGAGAGACGCAUUGCCUGUGAAGUUGAUGUCGUUUUUGCACUCGAUUCAGUCAAAUCAAAACACAUCUAGAGGAUCUUGUUUCAGAAGAAGUUCAAGCAAAUCUGAUGUCCGACAGGCUGAGAAAGAUGGAUCUGCUGAGGAUAAACUGAAUUGCUUGUGGAGAGAAGCGUUUUUGAAAUCAUACAAGGCCAUGGAUAAGGAGCUGAGAUCGCAUCCUAAUCUGGACUGCUUCUGCAGUGGCAGCACAGCUGUUACAAUUGUGAAACAGGGGUCCAAUCUUUUCAUGGGAAGCAUUGGGGAUUCUCGGGCAAUCCUUGGAUCCAAAGAUAGUAAUGAUUCCAUGGUGGCAAUUCAGCUAACAGUUGAUCUGAAGCCCGACUUACCUAGGGAAGCUGAGAGGAUCAAACGCUGUAAAGGUCGUGUCUUUGCUCUGCAAGACGAGCCAGAGGUGCCACGAGUUUGGCUGCCGUUUGAUGAUGCACCUGGGCUAGCCAUGGCUCGGGCAUUUGGCGAUUUCUGUCUUAAAGAGUACGGAGUCAUCUCGAUACCUGAGUUUUCUCACCGGGUUCUUACAGAUAGAGAUCAGUUCAUAGUUCUUGCAUCAGAUGGAGUCUGGGAUGUAUUGAGCAAUGAAGAAGUGGUUGAGAUCGUGGCAUCGGCUCCGAGCCGGGCAUCAGCUGCUAGGAUCUUGGUGGAUUCAGCUGCACGAGAAUGGAAGCUCAAGUACCCCACUUCGAAAAUGGAUGAUUGUGCAGUGGUGUGCUUGUUUCUGGAUGGAAAGAUGGAUGCAGAGUCAGAUUAUGAGGACCAGGGCUUCUCUUCUGCGACGAUUCAGAGCAAUCACUCGGGAAAUGCAGGAGAAUCAGACGACGGCCAGAGAUCAGAGCCGUGUCUCCAGAGAAACUUCACUGUCAGAUCAGAUCAAGAUAAUGAUACUUAUGGGAAAAUUCAGACAGAGAUUGAUGCAGAGGAGGAAAAAACUGCAGAAGAUCAGAACUGGUCGGGUCUAGAAGGCGUUACCCGUGUGAACUCGCUCGUUCAGCUUCCGAGAUUCUCUCAAGAGAAACCAAGGCCUUGAAAUGAACAUGAAUUGUAUUUUGUUUUGCAAGUGCCUUGAGCAUUGUGAACUGAGGGGCUUAAUUUGCUAUGCUCAGGUGGAAUUCUGUCUUUUUUUUAUGUAUUGUAUUUUCAGAACAGGUUUGGUUAUCAAUUCAAAUGUACAUGUCCA